AUGGUGGAAGCUUUUGAGUGCGUAUUCGCUUUAUACAGCAAUGGGUCGAAGGCAUUCCAUGCACAUUCAAGUAGUGAUGCCUCCGUUCACUACGCAUUAGUCCCAGAAGAGAAGUACGCGGCGGAUGGCGUAUGUAUUUCGACAUUGAACAUCGAAGGUGGAAUUUGUGAACUGAAUGAAGCCGACUUUGACGUGACCGUUCGUCCUUCAGUCACAAGGAAGCAGUUGAACGACCAUAUCAGAAAUACAGGACUGUUCUUUCCAGUAGAUCCAGGAGCUGACGCUUCUCUAUGCGGCAUGUGUGCAACGUCAGCCAGUGGAACAAAUGCCGUUCGAUAUGGGACAAUGAAGGAAAAUGUACGUAAUCUGGAAGUGGUCUUAGCGGAUGGUUCCGUUCUGCAUACACGAGGGGAACGUACCAGAACAAGAAAAUCAGCAGCUGGCUACAAUCUCACUGAAUUAUUCGUUGGUUCCGAAGGCACUUUGGGGAUCAUCACAAAAGCUGUGCUGAGGUUGCAUCCCAGGCCGCAGGCACAAGCAGUAGCUCUUUGUCAUUUCCCAACAGUGGCAGAAGCCGUGAAUUCAGUCGUAGAAACUCUGCAGAUGGGAAUUCCUAUUGCCAGAAUAGAAUUCAUGGAUGAUGUCCAAGUGGCCGCAUGUAACGCCUACAGUAAACUAACAUUGGCUGAGCAACCAACCCUUGCACUCGAGUUUCACGGAAUGAACGAAAGCGAAGUGGCAGAGCAAGCGAAGUUUGUAGGAGAGGUCUGUGCGACCAAUCGAGGCUCCGCCUUUGAGUGGGCAGUAGAUAUGGAAGAAAUGGAGAAAUUGUGGACAGCACGGCACAAUGCGUAUUAUGCUGCAUUGGCGAUGAGGACUGGAGCAGUGGGUAUCAAUACAUGGCUUCUUGUAUUACGUCUGUGUGCCGAUUUCAAGACUGGCAGAGACGAUCGUCCAAACGAAACAGGACUUGGACGAUUUGAAGCUGAAAGUGGGCGAAAUCUGAACGGAGGUGGAGAGAGUAGUUUUCAGCUGCAAAAUCGGUGUCCGAAGCAACUGAGGAGAAAGGAACCCAAUGGUGGCAUGAGCAUCCACAUUCCUUUCAAAUUUGCACCGACUGGAAACUCGUUUGGCCGUUCAGUUCCAGCCGAAAAUAAAAAGGAAAGAUCUCUGAAAAUGGCGUAA